AUGCGUCGGGGAGAGGGAGCCCGCGCCACGCCUUCAGCUGUCGGACUGGACGUGGCGUGCUGGUGCUUCCGGGGGUCCAGGGACCUGCGAGGGGACCCCAGGUGUCCGUCCAGACCGCAUGGGCCCCCAUCAUCUUCCAGCGAGCGUUCCGGGUCAGUUGGUGAACAGUCGGUGAUCAGUCAGCCCCGAGGACAAAGUCUACAGCGACAGGUCUAUGCGCCUGUCGUCCAGUUGCAUCUCCAGUCCCCAAAAUACUCCACUUGGCACGGCCAUGCAUCUCGUAUGCAAUUUAGACUGGUUUCUCCGCCAGAGAGUAGACCUGUAUCCCCCGAAGAGCAAACUCCGCCCUUUGGAGGUGCGCGGACCAAGGAGCCGCCCCCACUGGCUACCAGUACACCCCGCCACGACCGCUCCCCCAGACCAUCUCCCCAGAGCCGACAUUCUCCCCCGCCCCAUCAGGAAGGCGCGGGACGCAUCCAGCGGUCCCCAGGGCGUAUGCGAUCAACACCUCCAAGUAAAGCAGCCGCGCCACCGCGGAGCAGCAAGCCACCAAGUCCACUCAAGGGGCGUGGCGGUACGACGGUGACGGAUCGCGGGGCCCCUCGUAGGCGACUUCGUCGCUCUCAGGGAAGGAGGGCGCCCCGCUCUAAACAAUCGCCAGAUUCCAAAACCUCAAGCCAAAGUGUCCGCCAUAGUACAAAGACUUCCGUACCUUCUAUUAGUCUCUCACGUGAGGACACGGUCUCGGACAUUUCCAUAGUGUCUCCCAUGCCAGCCCUAGACGUGUCCUACACUGCCUACCUCACCCCAGACGUCCUCACCCCCAACGUCAUCCCGCCCCAACCUGAGGUACAUCGGGUGUGGACUGGGGACGGGUGGAACCUGGAUGACGAGGAGCUGUAUGUACAGCACAACCCUCUAUACUGGCUGAUGGCACCUCGCCCUCAAGAGCCCCCUGACCAUCCCCACCCGCCUCACGGCCCUGACCAACCACACCCACCACAGGGCCGUGAAAAGGUCGACACUCCACGCGGUCCCGACCAGGGCUACCCACCACCUGGCCCUGAUCAAACCUACCCUCCGUACGACCGUAUCCAGACCUACUCUCCAUAUGGCCGCCCUAAGCAGGCCUACCCUCCACAUGGCCCUGAGCAGGCCUACCAUCCACGUGGCUCUAAACAGGCCUACCUUCUACGUGGCCCAGAGCAGGUCUACCCACCACGUGGCCCUGAUCAGGCCUGUCUCCCACGACCUGCCCCUGAGCAGGCCUACCCCCUACGUGGCGUUGAGCAGGCCUACCCUCCACUUGGCCCUGAGCAAGCAUACCCUCCACAUGGCCCUGAGCAAGCAUACCCUCCACAUGGCCCUGAGCAGGCCUACCCCCUACGUGGCGUUGAGCAGGCCUACCCUCCACUUGGCCCUGAGCAAGCAUACCCUCCACAUGGCCCUGAGCAAGCAUACCCUCCACAUGGCCCUGAGCAGGCCUACCCUACACACGGCCCUGACCAGGCCUACCCUCCAAAUGGCCUUGAUCAGGCCUACCCUUCACCUAGCCUAGACCAUGGCUACCCAGUACCUGGCCCUGAUCAAUUCUACCCGGUAGACGUUCCUCAUCAAUACGGCUCCCCUCGAGGAACCUAUAAUCGUCAGUCAGCGAGGCGGGCGUCCUCCAGACCAGCGCCAGGAUCCCCCGCCCCUCACCACUACCACCCGGAGGAGAGGACGCGUGGCAGAACACCUCCUUCACGCUCCAGCCUCUCGCCCAUCAGGGAAGUCUCACACCCUACUUCUCUCCUCACGUUUGCUGAGGUUCAUGCUCAAGAGCGCCCACAGCCACACUCAGGUGCCCAGACACUCCGUCGAGACUACCCACUCCAUGCAGGCGUCAGGACACACGCAGAGGAGUGUCCCUAUUACUCCCACGUCGAGACCCAGACAGAAGAACAAAAAAGUCCUCCCCAGCCGCCCCAUGAAGUACAAACCCCAGAAGGAUCUCGACACCCGCGUCCUAGAGUACAAACCUCGGAGCGGGUACGACACCCACGAUCAAAAGCACAUGUCCAAGGACGUCCACUCUAUCCACGCUCUGAAGUACAAAUCUCUGAGCGGCCAAGACGCCCCUCAGAAGUCCAAGUCCUAGAACGACCUCGACACCCAAGGUAUGAAGUACAAAUCCAGGAACGCCCAAGGCACCCGCGUUCCAGAGCACAGGUCCAUGAGCUCCCACGCCACCCUCGUGCUGAGGGACAAAGCCAAGAGGGUUCACGCCCCCGACGGGGUCGUAGCUUCAAACCAACGCUACCUCGGCGCCACAGACUGAAUGGCCACAGGAAACACACUACCAUCCGGAUUUUCGACCUGUGUGACGACGCGCGGUUUGUUUACAUUGUACACGCGCUCAUUCAGCUUUUCAUCUGCAUUGAACAGGUAUUGUAUAUUGGGUUUGUGUCCUUGUCUCUGUGA